AUACGGAUACCAACUGGCAAAAUUUUUCUAAUAACUAUGAAUAUUUAUUUGCAUGUUUAGGCAGGGCUUUUCAUCGGAUGUUGCUCAAUGAUUUUCAAUCCUUUUUUAAAAAAGUUCAAAAUCUUUGUUCUUUUUAUCAUAGCCAUAUUGAUAAGAGUGGGCCUCUUUUACUAUAUUGGAGAAACUCUACUUAAUAGUGUUGAAAUUUCCGGGCCCACAACCAGCUUCCUUCGACUCAAGGAGGCAAUAACCUAUAAACAAUUUGGUUUGUCACCGUACUACGGAGAUUCCAUCCACGAAAAUCCAUUACUUAUUUUUAUAGCGGAGCUUUUGAAAGAGUAUAAUUUUGGGCUUUUUCUAUUGUAUCUUUUAAGCGAUAUUGUCACCUCGCUAUUCCUCUAUCGGAGUGCAGCUCUUUUUUUCAAGUCCUCACGACUUCUUGAAUCUUUCUACUAUGAGUCCAUCCAGGAAGACUAUAAACACAUCCUCGCUAAACUUUCUUCUCCUUCGAAGGCGUCGCGUGCAUGGUUAAGCGAAAGGCUUGAACUUUACGCGCUAAUUCAAGUCUCUUCUAGCACAGAUGUGCUUAGCUUUGUUCUCUUCUGUUAUCUUUUUAAUCCAUAUAUCAUACUUUCCACUGUUGCACGGUCUUCCGUAGUCUUCAUUAACACUUCUUUGAUGAUGGCCUUUUACUUCGCCUUAGCAGGGGAGUUUCUCUUUACAACUUUGUCGGUUGCCCUUGCCACGUGGUUUAACCUUUACUCGAUUAUUCUAUUGGUUCCUGCAACUCUCCUUUUGCUUUCCCCCAAAAUCCACCAAAAUACUGAGCCCCCUUUUAAAUUUUUAUCCAAUCUCCCCAACUUUUUACUUGUUGGCGCUUUUUUUUUCUUAUGGAUUUGUCUUUUAACGUACGUUUCGUUCGUCCUUAGUGGCUCGUGGGACUUUAUAGAAGAAACUUUCGCUUUUCCAUUAACUAUUCCCGAUUUAACUCCAAAUAUUGGUCUCUUUUGGUACAUGUUUUCUGAAAUAUUUGAACAAUUUCGCGCAUAUUUUAUUUGGGCCGUCCACAUUUUAUUUUGGACCUUUAUAAUUCCGCUUACUAUAAAGUACAGGGAUAACCCGUCUUUUCUUUUUCUUAUGUUUAUUGGAUUGCUAAAUACUUGCAAAAUCUAUCCGACCCUCGGCGAUUUAGGGUUUUUCCUUUCGCUGUUGUCGCUGUGGAGGCAUCUUUUCCUUUACACAAAAUCUUUGUUUCUCGUUGGGAGCAUCUACCUCCACUCAAGCGUGCUUUUGCCCACCACUUGGUACAUGUGGAUCCACCGUUGCAGCGGAAAUGCAAAUUUUUACUAUGCUCAAACUCUGCUUAUUUCCGCUGCCACUCUAAUCCUUAUGUGGGACUUAACCAUAGCAUACAGCAGAAGAAAAUUUGAUCUUGAAAAAGGCAUGUUUGUUAGAAAUAGUAAUUUGAAAAUAGAAAGGGUUAUGUAG